AUGAAAGUUAUGGUUUCAAAUCCUUAUGAGAUGCUGAAUCUCAAAAACAAAGCAUGGGUAGAUACACUUUAUAUUCCAGAACUAAAAGAUGAACACUCUUGCGCUCAUCCAUCAGAUUUUUUAGUUAUUUUAUGUCAAAAUAUAUUUAAAGAGUAUGAACCAUAUCAUCCAGUAAAAUCAUCACCAGAUAAAAAGAGAAAAAGCUCGCUUACAUAUGUCAGAAGUCUCUACGAAUUUUACAAAAUUACACAACCAGAUCAUUGGUCUCCAAUACGCGAUAUUGAAGAAGUUGAUAUUAAUGAUGUUUCAAACACUGGUGUUUUUUCAUUUAAUCAGGCAAUUGAUGGAAUUCGAAAUUACCUCACCCCUUCAGCAGAAUUUCUAAAGGCAUUAUCAGCUGAUAUAGAGUCAAGAAAACAAAAUGCUACUGCAAUUUCAAUGGAAAUUCAAUCUGUUGCCGAAGAAUGUGCCUAUUAUGAUGAAAAAAUCAGUAAAUUAAAAGAAUACGUUAAUAAUAUGGACCCUUCUGAUGAAAAAGAUCGAUUAUUACAACUGUUUUGA